UGUCAGGAUGUCGGUGAUAACGUCGCACGUGUUACGUUGCCGAGGUUUAAAUAAGUUGGCUAUUCCGCUUAGAUUAGCUGCGACCGGUGUUCUCGUUAGUCCUCGUCUGUCUCCCGUGUUUAAGUAUUACGUGAGAAAUAUGUCGUACGCGACCGUUGAAAAGGGUGCACUGAACAGCACUGAUUAUAAAAUUUAUUUCAGAGAUAAUACUGGCCCAAUUUCUCCUAUGCAUGACAUUCCACUUUAUGCUGAUGAAGCUAAUAAAACAGUGAACAUGGUUGUUGAGAUCCCAAGAUGGACAAAUGCAAAGAUGGAGAUUAACCUUAAGGAGACAUUGAAUCCUAUUAAGCAGGAUGUCAAAAAGGGCAAACUGAGAUAUGUUGCCAAUUGCUUCCCUCAUCAUGGCUAUAUAUGGAAUUAUGGUGCACUGCCACAGACAUGGGAAAAUCCAGAAGUGCUAGAUGAAGCUACUGGAUGCAAAGGAGACAAUGACCCCAUUGAUGUCCUUGAGAUAGGAUACAGAGUUGCAAAAAGGGGAGAAGUCUUGAAAGUGAAAGUGUUGGGUGCUGUUGCACUUAUUGAUGAAGGUGAAACUGAUUGGAAGAUCAUCUGUAUUGAUGUCAAUGAUCCUUUGGCAGAACAAAUGAAUGAUGUAUCUGAUAUUGAGAAGCAGUAUCCAGGUUUAAUGAAGGCUACCAUUGAGUGGUUCAAGAUUUACAAAAUUCCGGACGGUAAACCGGAGAAUCAGUUUGCGUUUAACGGGGAAGCAAAGUCAAGGGAUUUUGCCUUACAUAUAGUGGAGGAAGUACAUCAACACUGGCAGAAUCUUGUUAAAAGAGAAGCUCCCGCUGGUGGAAUUGCAUGCACUAAUACAACUGUAGUAGGCAGUCCCUUUAAAAUUACUUCAGAAGCUGCUGAAGAAAUAUUGGAAAAGGCUCCAAAUACACUGGAGCCUCAAGCAGUGGAUCCAAUUGUCGAUAAAUGGCACUAUGUGCAUCUUAAGUGAGAGUAAAGGGGGUAUUCUCACAUCAAUAGAUCUGUUGAUGUCUGCACACACAUGCUUGUUUUGAUGGCACAUAACGGAAUACCAUGUAUUACUCCCACAACUUACUUUACAAUAAGUUUUGAUACAUUUAAUAGUUAUAGAUAGUAUUUAAGUAUUAGAAUAUGUGCUUGCAGUACCGAAACAAGCAACAUCCAUGUAUCUUAUUUAUUUUAGUAUACUUGUAAUUAUUCAAUUGGAACGAAUGUACAAAGUUUUCUCAAUAUGAUUGAACAACCUAUUAAAACAUUCUUGUUACUGUACUGUACGUGCAUAAUUAUAAUGGGCACUAGGAACUGAAUAUACUCAUGUUAAAGGUUGUGAUACAACUUUCCAUAGGUAUCCAGGCA